GCUCUUGUAUCAACACUUUUCUAGUUUCAAAAUGAAGAAUAAGAUGCAUGGCUUGUCUCGAAUGGUCCAACUCUGUUGUUACCACACAACAGAGUCAAGUAGGCUCUUGUAUCAACACUUUUCUUGUUUCAAAAUGUAGAAUUAGAUGCAUGGCUUGUCUUAAAUGUUCCAACUCUGUUGCUACCACACAACAAAGUCAAGUAAGCUCUUGUAUCAACAUUUUUCUUAUUUCAAAAUGUGGAAUUAGAUGCAUGGCUUGUCUCGAAUGUUCCAACUCUGUUGCUACCACACAACAGAGUCAAGUAGGCUCUUGUAUCAACACUUUUCUUGUUUCAAAAUGUAGAAUUAGAUGCAUGGCUUGUCUCGAAUGUUCCAACUCUGUUGCUACCACACAACAGAGUCAAGUAGGCUUUUGUAUCAACACUUUUCUUGUUUCAAAAUGUAGAAUUAGAUGCAUGGCUUGUCUAAAAUGUUCCAACUCUGUUGCUACCACACAACAGAGUCAAGUAAGCUCUUGUAUCAACAUUUUUCUUGUUUCAAAAUGUGGAAUUAGAUGCAUGGCUUGUCUCGAAUGGUCCAACUCUGUUGCUACCACACAACAAAGUCAAGUAAGCUCUUCUAAACUCUUUACUUUUCCAACCAUAUACCAAUGCGUUCAUGAAUGAAUUUGAGAUAUACACCAAACCAAAUAUUGUCCAUACCACAUUUAAUCCUUCAGAUGGUCCCACAAACAUUGAAAUGAUACCACACAGGAAAAAUGGUGCAAAGAAAAGAAGCAACAUCCCAUAUACAGUUGCUACCAUCUUUAGAAUCU